AUGCAACACAGAAGACUUCAAAGUUUCAUUAUUUUUCAAAUAUUGUUGCUCAAUAAAUAUGCUGAUAAUAUUGUACAUUCUCUUGAUUACAACAAAAUGACUUCUCUUCAUUAUGUUUCAAAUAUUGAGUACAAAGAAAAACCGCUUUAUACUUUUGAUUUAAGAGAACUUUCAAUAUCUCAAAAAUCCGAAGAAAAUAAAUGCAAAGAAAUGGCAGCUCUUCUUCUUUAG